UUCUGCGAUUCUAUGUGCUGACCUUAUUGCCUUCCACUUCAUUGCUAUUCGUAAUAAAAUCGAUGGCCUUGUUUGCUUCAAAAUGUAUCACAGCCAACAGCUCUAGUAGGAUCUAAUUAUCUCAUUCCCAUUCCGUGUAAGAACACUUUUAGAUAAACAGUAUGGUCUCAAUGUUGUUUCAAAGGUCACGCCAUGCAAACCAUCUGUGCCAAACAAGAGACUGUUCUUUGUUUCUCUUGACUUUCCCAGAUAACAGCGUUGAUAGCUCCAGAUCAUAAAAAGCAGCACUGCCUUGCAACACAGAUCGUGCUUAUUCCCAGGCAGAUGUCAUGAAGGUGACAAGUGAGCGUUGCAGUUCCAGUUGUCCCAAGGACAGCAGCGCAGCAGGUGGCAGCUGUAACCCUAGAGCAGAGCAUUGCUCUCUUUGUCUUCUCGGCUAAAUCGGGGAGCUGUCACUGAGCCACUCCCCGUGCCAGCAGCCCCGCUCCAAGCAACCCAGGGAGCUUUGUGUAUUGCUGCAGUGAGUCUCACAUUCUCCAUGUCAGUUGUUUAGGCACCCGAAGGUGAACUAUCUGAAGACACUUGAAAUCAUGGAGUAUUUUUUUUAUGCAUUCCUUGAGGAAAAUAAUACUGAAGGAACAAAUAGAGAGCACCAAAUUCUGGAGAUGGGAUGACGCAGAGUUGAGAGGCAGCUCUGAAAGCACUAAGACCAGGUUAGAACAGACUUUAUAGCUUCCCUCUGGCAUCACUGUGGCCUAAAUAUCACUGUUUGUGAUGGGGAGGAAUAAUGCAGCAGAGCUUCAUGAAAGAACUUGCACAGCAGCCGGAUCACAGUGCAAAGCAGUAGCUUACACUCGCUGGUUCAGAGGACUUAAAACAUGGAAUAGCUUAGGUUGGAGGGGACCUUCAAGAUCACCUUGUUCCAACCCCCGGCCAUGGGCUAGUUGCCCAUGUAGUACAUGUAAAUCUUUUUUCUUUUCAGAAGGUGUGUUUUUAUUUUGAGACUGAGCAUUUCAUUUUCCCUGUUGACGACACUAAGAAUGACUCUCUCCCAGAAUCAAGCCUUCGUUUAUCUGUUAUAAGGAACACAUAAUAGUCAUAGCCAGCUGAAACGUAAGAGCUGGUGUUGACUCUGAUCUAAUUAUAGACUGAAAUGAUUUGGCUGGGGUUGGUGUUCACUAGAGAGAUGUCAAAACAAAUGAUUUCAGUCCAUUAUGCAGCAGUAGCAACAUCGACCCAAGGGAAAUUCCCAGAAGAGGUUAAAACAUUCAUAAUUAAUUUCCAUUCCUCUGUGAGCUUUCAUCCUAAAGAAGCAGCGAAUAAUACAAUGCUCAGAUACCCAAAUUUUGGAGCCACCUCUCAUUCCUCGCAUCACUUGGCAAUGGCAAUAAUUUGCUUGACCUAAAAAUCAGUUUGCAAUUAGUUGUUACUGCAGUAAAUGGCUCAGGCAGCCCUGCAUAGGUCUCCCCAUUGUCACAGCGAUGGCAGGGCAGGAUGCUAUAUUUAAGACUCGAGGAUGGGCACUCCAACAUGGGGAACAUUCUUUUGGGGAGAGUCAUUCUUAGUGUCAUCAACGGGGAAAAGGAAACGCUUCUUUGUCCGUUCUCUUUCGUGGGGACAGGAACUCUCACUGUAGUCUUCAUAGGCAAGAAAGUUUGCCUCUGACUUCGCAGCAUGGGAACUCAAACAUUCUUCCACCACAGAGAGGAGGAACAAAAGGAGGAGAGGCAGCAGAGGCUGGAAAUGACAUCCAUGACUAGAAAGAAAAGGUUCAAAACCAGUGAGGAAGAAGAGACUUUCAGCCUUUCGGAGUUAUCCACAGCAGCUGCCCUUGCCUUGACUUCUGAAAAACCACAGAAUUACAAGCUAAGAAGAGAAGCUGCCAUCUUAGAGCUUGAGCAGAGGGGGCAAAAGAGAGUUUGGUUUGGGAACGAGAUGGAAAAGUUAGAAGAGGAGGUUAUUAAGAACUGCAGACUGCUGCGUGUGAGAGCCGACCGGAGGGUGCUUCGGAGGAAGGCUGUAGAAAAGGCACACAGGGAGAAGGAAUACAUUGAGCUGCGUUCGGGGCGAGCACCUAUGUUCUGGAUCCCCCUCAGAGUACACGCAGUAUGGGAGAGGAUGGAAGUAACACUGACAUGUACAGUCCUGGCUUCCCCACUGCCACAGGUGACCUGGUAUAAAAAUGGAGUCCCCAUUGACCUCCGUUUAGCCCCAGCAGGAAAAUACAAGAUCAAAAACAAGUUUGGGAUGUUGACCUUGCUCAUCAGCAGAUGCUCCAUGGAAGAUUCUGCUGAAUACAGUGUUGUAAUUGAGAAUCAGUAUGGCAAGGCUUACUCGUUUGCUACAGUGCUUGUCAGGAAAUAUUACGGAAAGGAGUCAGGAUUUGAUUCAGAAAUAUACAGAAGAUCCCUUAUUGCCAGAGAGGCAGACUUUGCCUUCUCACUGAAACCACUAUUUUCAAGAGAAAAGGAGCCUUUCACCCUCUCCUGUUACUUCACUUCUGAUUUACUUGAACACCAACGAAAUAUUACCUGGUUCAGAGAUGGUGAGUUGCUGCAGAACUCAGAACGUCAGGAACUGAAGUAUCAAGACCAGGAAGCUUCUCUGACAGUGCCAUGUGCUUACAAAGAAGAUGAGGGAUUCUACACAAUCCGCGUCCCCUCACUGGAUGGAUGCAAAGAGCAAACCUCCUAUGUGUUUGUUCGAGAUGCUGCAGCAGAAUCAGCCGGUGCCCCUGGAUCGCCUCUCAGUGUGAAAUGCCACGACAUAAAUAAAGAUUGCUUGAUUCUUUCUUGGACAGCACCCAGUGAUAAUGGAGGAAGCCCAAUCCUUGGAUAUUUUAUUGAAAGGUGUAUCGCAGGGUCAGAGGACUGGGUCCUGUGCAACGAAAAGCCUGUGAAAACCUGCAGAUAUCCUGUGCUGGGCCUUGCUGAAGGACAGGCGUAUCAGUUCCGAGUGAAGGCUGUCAAUAAAGCGGGGAUCAGUCAUCCUUCAAAAACCAGUGAUCCAGUUAUAACGUAUGACCCCAGCAAGGGCAAGAGAGUGACAGUUAUUCCAUAUGAUGAAGGCAGGAUGAUAGAAAUUUUCAAGGAUGACCUCGAAGGGCACAUUAAGAUUCCCUUGCCACCCACCAAUGUUCAUGCAAGUGAGGUCAGAGAAGAUUAUGUGGCUUUGGCCUGGGAUGAACCAGAUCCAAGAGGCAGAGAACCACUGCAAUAUUAUGUGGAAAAGUCGCUUGUGGGCAGCAACUCCUGGCAAAUGGUUAAUCUGGAUAUGCCAGCUAAUUCCCCAAGAUUUGCACUCUUUGAUCUUGUUAAAGGAAAACCAUACAGUUUCCGAGUGCGGUCUGUUAACAAGUACGGAAUCAGUGAGCCAUCCCUGCCCAGCGAACCCAUCACUGCUGGAGCAAAACUGGCUCCUCUACCACCACCAUCUCAGGUUUUAGCUUUCAGAGACACCAAAACAUCUGUUGUUUUGCAGUGGAAUAAAUUAAAGGAUGGUCUGGAACCUCUGGGCUACUACAUAUAUUGUCGGGAGACUGGGACAGAAGAAUGGCAAACCGUCAAUAAUAAGCCUGUGACGUGUAACGAAUUUACUGUCCCUGGGCUGAAGCCUGGAAACGAGUAUGUCUUUUGUGUGAAAUCCGUCGGCGAGGCAGGACUGAGCGAAAGCUCGCCAGAAACAGACCCUAUCAUUGUAAGGCCAGCGAUAGCUCGCCCAUCAGCACCACGCGGGUUUGUUCUGCUGAGCUGCGGGAAGGCCAACAUGACCAUUGGCUGGAAACCCCCGAAGCGUAAAGGAGGAACAAAAAUUCUAGGUUAUUUCCUAGAUCAGCAUGAUGCAUCUGAACUAGACUGGCGUGAAGUCAACAUUCAGCCAAUUCCUCAACGAGUAUACAUGGUUAGCAACCUUGAGGAAGGCCACCUGUAUGAAUUCCGUGCAUGUGCAAUGAACAUGGCAGGUGUUGGGCAAGUAUCUGAACCCAGCGACUUGUUCAAAUGUGAGGAAUGGACAAUGCCAGAACCAGGUCCUCCUUAUGAUGUGAAGUUCACUGAAGUGAGAGACUCUUCCCUGAUGCUGCACUGGCAAGCACCACUGUACAUAGGUGCAGGUCCAAUUAUAGGGUAUUAUGUAGACAUGUGUGAAGAAGGCACAGAGGAAUGGAAGCAAAUAAACAAGCAGUCCACAGCCACCACUCAUAUGAAGGUUUCAGACCUAGACACAGAGAAAUGCUUUAUUUUCCGAGUAAGAGCACUGAACAAGGCUGGAAUUGGACCCCCUUCACUCCCCUCGGAUUCUGUGGUGGCUAAAAGAAAGCCUGGGACAAAUGAAAUUGAACUCGGAGUGGAUGAAGAAGGGUUCAUCUACAUGGCUUUUGAAGCUCCUGAAAAGAAUGACUCCUCUGAAUUUAUCUGGUCGAAGGACUAUGAAGGACCACCAGAUGCUGACAGAGUUCAGAUAGAAGAGAAAGGCAAUAAAUCUAAGCUUAUACUGAAAGAUCCAUCAGAAAAGGAUCUGGGAAUAUAUUCAGUGGAGGUCACAGAUGUAGAUGAUGAUAUCUCUGCCAGCUGCACUUUAACACAAGAAGAUCUGGACAAGUUACUGAGACGUAGCCAUGAAAUCAGGAACCCAUUAAUAAAGCUGAUAUCUGGAUGGAAUGUUGAUGUUCUGGAGAAAGGAGAAGUGCGGCUGUGGUUGGAGGUUGAAAAGCUGUCACCAAAUGCAGAGCUGCAUUUAAUCUUCAAUGAGAAGGAGCUUACAAGCACGCCAACACAUAAAAUAAACUUUGUCAAAGGAAAAGGUCUGGUUGAACUGAUAAUCCAGAACUUCUGUGAUGAUGAUAAAGGAGUGUACACAGCCCAGCUGCAGGAUGGAAAAGCUAAAAAUCAAUUCACCCUUGUUCUUCUGGAUGAAAGUUUUGCUAAAGUUGCAAAGGAGGCUGAUGCAAAACAGAGAGAAUGGAAGAAAAAGCAGGGUCCAUAUUUUGUAGAGAAUUUGAAAUGGAAGGUUACUGAGGACUGUGAAGUACACCUUACCUGCAAGGCAACAAAUCUGAGAAAGGACACCAGCUUCCAGUGGUUCUUCAAUAAGAAAGCGCAAACAGGUGGUGUGUUUGACCCACAGACUGGGAUAGGAACUCUUCAUAUUAAAAAGAUAACCAAAGCAGAUGAGGGCCAAUACAAAGCAGUUGUUUCAGAUGACCGAGGAGAGGACUACACCCAACUUGAUCUCACAAAAGGAACCUUUGAAGACCUUCUCAAGGAGCUGUGUAGGAUCAGUGCUCUUUCUGCUACACCUCUGAAAAUUCAGCCUACCGACGAAGGCAUCAAAAUCUACACAGAUGUGAAGUACUACACAGACUACAUGAAAACAACCUGGUUUCACAAGGAGAAGAGACUGGAAAUUCGUGACAGAUUGAAAGCUGGGAGCACAAUUAAUCAGAUCUGGCUUCACAUACUGAACCCAACAGAUACAGAUAAAGGAAAAUACAUCCUGGAGUUAUUUGAUGGGAAUGACUCUCACAAGCUGUCAACCGACUUGUCUGGGCAAGCCUUUGAAGAUGCCCUGGCUGAGCACAGAAGGCUAAAAGAAGCAGCAAUAGCAGAAAAGUGUCGCGCCAGAGUUAUUCAAGGUCUGCCAGAUGUAGCCACCAUCAUGGAGGAUAAGACCCUGUGUUUAACUUGCUGUAUCUCUGGAGAUCCUUACCCAGAAAUCACUUGGUUCAAAAAUGAGAAAAUUAUCACCUUUAAAGAUCGUUACAGAAUGGAUGUGAAGGGGACAGUAGUCACAAUUACCAUAGAGAAAGUCUGCAAUGAAGAUACAGGAAAAUACAGCAUCUACGUCAAGAACAAAUAUGGCUCCGAAACAGGAUCAGUUACUAUCAGUGUCUAUAAGCAUGGAGAGAUACCAGCAGGAAUAGAAGAAAAGGAAGUCCCAAGUGAGACCAUAAUAAGAAAGCCUAAAUGAACCAGGCAACUAUAUCUCAGUGAAUUUAAAAGGAAUUUAACGCCUUUGGAUUCACUUGAAUGUCUCCACCCUAAAAUUCAGGCUCAUAGCUUUAUUUUUAUUUCAGUAAUAUUAUAGUAUUUUUACUUUUUGGUUGCUAGAAAACAAUUCUCAUUUGUAUGUGUGUGUGUGCACAUGCACUCAACAUGCUGUGUAGGAAAUAACAGAGGGUUCACAUACAUGAAAAUUGGGCUAUUAGUAUAUGGGUUUUUUUGUUUUAAAUCCUUGUGUAACUGAUUAUCUUGUAGCUGAGAAAUGCUUACGUCUAUGUUAUUAAACUUACAAACUGCAUGACACCUUA